AUGCAUCAACACAAACUAUUCAUUCAGAUGUCAGGCGGACCAGGUUCUGGCAAAAGCACCAUAGCGAACCUAUUAGCACAAUCGAUCGAUGGGGUGGUGAUCAAUCACGACCUCAUCAAAUCCUUCUUUCUCGAGAAUGGCAUGCUCUUCGACCAAGCCGCGAAACUCGCCUACGGCUUGGACUGGAGACUCGCCGAAGACUUGAUCAAACAAGGACGGAGUGUGAUCCUCGACAGCGUGUGCAACUACAACGAGACACUGGACCGGGGAAUCGUCCUUGCGAAACAGUACGGAUAUGACUACAAGUACGUCGAUUGCAGGGUCGACGAUGUUGAUUUGCUGGAUCAGAGGCUCCAGAGUAGAGUCUCGCUGAGGAGUCAGCGGACAGGCGUGAAUCGUCCCCCGGGAGAUGUCAGUGGUGCCCGUGAAACCAGGGAUUAUCGUGCGGUCUUUGAAAGGUGGAUGGAAGAUUCGGGCUGGCCGGCCGGCAUUGCUGUUGUCGUGAAUUCAACUCGCAGCCCAGAUAAGUGUCGAGACGAUAUACUGAAGCAGAUUGUCUCUCCCUCCACCGGUACUUGCAACACUUGCUCCAGCGAAAAUGUCAAACUCCGCCCAAACCCAUUCACCACGAAAGAGCAGUGCGAAGACUGCCGCAACGCCUCCAUAAUCGGGGUCACCGAUAUAAAAUCACGAUUCAAGCUCAAAGACGACGAUCUCAAGGACUUGGAAAUGGUCACGGAGCCCAAGCCUGCGUUUCUCGGCGGCGCUGAUCGUCGAUGGUAUCUCGUUGAGCAGGUGGAGAAGAGGGCAGAGGAGAAACUGAAGGAUAUUGAAGCGAAGGAGAAGGAGAAGGCGGAGGCGAAGGAUAGGUCGGCUGGGUCUGGAGCUGCUAAAGAUAGCAAGCGGAAGAGGGGGGAGGAAAUGGAUCAGGAGAAGGAGGAUAUGCAGGAAGACAAAGUUGAUCCUCCUGCCAAGCGUGGACGCGGCAGACCUCGAAAGGUGAUCGACGGUCUAUCUUCAAAGGCAGCGGCAGCCAAGGUACCGGUUGUCGACGACGAUGCAAAGCCAAAACGCGGACGCGGCCGACCCCCGAAGGAGAAGACGGCGAAAACGGUGAAGACGGUGAAGAAGGUAAAGAAGUAA